AUGUCUUACCUUCAACAAUCGCCGUCACAUAGCACGCAUCUAACAUCAAGUCCCCAUACAUGUGACGAACAAAGACCCCAAUGCUCGCGAUGCCUUGAUAAGGACAUUCCAUGUGAAUACCCUCGCUCGCCAAAGUCCCGAAAUCUGAGGUCGUUCGUGUCAGAUAAAGACAACGCGUGGGAUCAAUCUCAAAGACUUACUGUCCCAAGUCCUGAUCUUCAUCAAUCCACUGGUUCCAGCCUUGGUUCGACAUCCAGCGUUUCCUCGCCAUUCCUGGCACCAACUCCAAAAUACGAGUUCAGCACCAACAUAUUCACCAACCAAAGUAUUGAGCCCUCUGUGGAUCUCGGUGCAACAGAACUAGAGCUUUUCAGUUACUACUUGUCACAUGGUGCCCGGUCAAUGGCCUAUGAUGACGAGGACCUAUACGCACUACAAGUUGGCUUUCCGAACCUGGCAUUUCGAAGCAAACCGUUGAUGAGCUCCAUUCUUGCCCUUGCAGCAGUCAGAAAAUGCCACGAUAUACUCUCCCAGCCGUCUACACAGCCCGCCGACAAAGGCCAAGUUAGAACUCUUCUGGCUCUUGCGGACGAGCACCACAGAGACUCGCUUCGUCGGACGCAAGCUGAUAUCCCCAACGCCAACCAGUACGACCACGUCGUUGCAAACGCACCUCUUAUGGUACUUUAUGCAACAGCAAACCACGCCGUUCGGAUCAAACUGUCGGAUACAUUGGAUGACCAAGAUGCAAGUACCAAUCUGGCUCCGGCGCAACUGCACUGGAUGACACUCAUCCGCGCAGCGCAUUUGGCGUAUACGGGUCUUUUGCACUCUACCAAGGACUUCAGCAUGUUGGAUGAUUUCACUGCCAGUCCUCCAGCGAUAACUCUGAAUCAUCCAAUUAGUGGGCUUGUUCCCAUGGCUGAGAAUGGUCCAACUCAGAAGACGGAGACUCUGCUGAUGCCUAUCAUUGCAGCCACAUACAGCUCGGCGCUAGAGAAGUUGCAGACAAGAGCGCAGACGUUGCAAUUCACACUGCAUCUGACUUCCUCGGACGACUCCAAGGAGUGUGGUGAGUUUCAAGCUUGUGUUGUCGCCCUGGAGUCCCUGGGUAAUAUCUUGAUCGAGUUGUUUGAAGCAGGUGACGGCAACUACGACACAUCUCAGGUUGAUUUAGAGAACGAUUGGGCAGCUUUAAGUCAGCUUUCUGAUGUGUCACCCUGGUUGCGGAAUUACAUGGCACGCGUCACAUUCUCAACCCCACCAAAGCCACUGAGGCGAACAAUCAUGUGGUUUCUCAAUCGAGUUCCAGCAGAAUUCCUGAGUAUUGUCCAAUCGACCCUUGACAACAUACCUGACACUAUUCCCGAUGAAGGUAUUCAGUGCGACAGCGAUGAUUCUUCUGAGACUUCUCGACUUGCCAUGGACAUUUUUGCCCACUGGCUUGUUCUGGUCAUGCUUCUGGAUGGUGUUUGGUGGAUCGGUGGAAUCGGAGUCUGUGAAUUGGGUAGAAUCACAAAGUAUAUGGGUCGACAACAAGAGGGUUUGGUAGGAUCAAAAGGAUCUUGGUGGCCGAGGAGCAUACUCAAUAUCGCAUUGGAAAUAGGCAAACAGGGCUAG